AUGACACAAUAUAAAAAUGAUAUAACGGGAUAUACACCUUAUGGAGCUCGUUCUAGACAAGAAUUAGCUAUUCGAGAACAUUUUUUCAAUGAAAAAGAUGGAGGAUCCCCUUUUGGAAUAUUUUUGUUACUCUUACCUAAAAAACAAAAUAAUAAUGAUAAUUUUUUAAACGAAAAAAUGUUGAAUGAAGCUGUUAAAGUUGAUGAAAUUGUCAAUCAAAAUUUUCCUUUAUUUAAUUUAAACAAAAACCGUUCCGAAACUUUUUCUCAAUUUUGCCGUGAUUUUUGUGAAUUAAAUGAACCUUUGAGAAGAUUUCAAGAAGGUUUUCAACACCAAAUACAACGUUUAGAAUUUAAUGAAACAUUAAAUCCUAAUAUUAAACUUAAUUACCCGUUGAGUAGUAUUUUUGGAAGAACAUUUAACAUUCAGCCAAAUUUCUUCGGUAUUCAUUUAUUAAAUACAAACAAUAGUAACAACAACAACAAUAUUGAAUUAUCUAAUAUGGCCAAAGUUGAAAUGGUUGCAUUAAUAUAUAAAGCAGAAAGAGUUGGAGGAUGGUCUGAUGAUGAAGUUAAAAAUUGGCAACUGGCUGUAUCUAAAUAUUUUGAUAAUGGAAAAUUUAAUAGUUCUUUAAUUCGUGUUUUGAGUGUUUCUACAGCUUAUGUUGAAGUGGAAGUUGUUCGUGCUGGAUUAACUAUGCUUCCUUUUAUUAUUGUUGGUUUUGUAAUUAUGCUUUGUUGUUCUUCAGUUUUUGUUCUUUUAUCUGCCUCAUAUAUGAAUCAGUUUAAUUAUAAAAGACUUUGGUUAGCAUUAAUGGCCUGUUUGUGCCCUUUAAUGGCCAGCGGAACUGCUUUAGGUCUUUUAUUUCUGUUUGGUGUUCGUUUUGGCACAGUUCUUUGUGUUACUCCUUUUCUUGUUCUUGCAAUUGGUGUUGAUGAUGCUUAUUUAAUGAUACAUGCUUGGCAAAGAAUUAAAUCAAAAGAAAAGGAAAUAAAUCGAGGAAUUAUUGAAACAAUUAAGGAAAGGGUUACUAAAAGAAUGGCUUUGGUAUUAGUCGAUACUGGGCCUGCAAUUUUAAUUUCUGCUUUAACAAAUAUUUGUGCAGAUGCAAUAGGAUCAUUUACUGGAUCCCCAGAAAUUACACUUUUAUGUAUGGGAAGUAUGGCUGCAAUUACUGUUGAUUUUAUAUAUCAAGUUACUUUUUAUGCGGCAGUUAUAGCAUUAUUAGACGAAUCAGAAUUAAAAUCAGAACAAUUAAAUGGGAAUAAUAGAAAAUUAUGUUUGAGUAUAUUAAUUGGUUCUAAAGGAAUUUAUAAAAAUAAAACAAUUAAUCAAAGACCUAAAAAUAAGGUAAAAAUAAAUAAAUGACUCUUGUUUAGGUAGAAACUGAUUUUUUUAUUUAUAUUUUUUAAUUUCGUGUAUAUGCCAUGAAAUUUCUAAUGUAGCCUAUUUCAAUUUUGGAUAGUUAUUGUGGGCUUAAUAAAAUUUAAAAAAAUAAGAUCACGUGGUGACUAUAAAUUGGUAUUAGUCUCAAAUUUCAAAUAUUUUUAUACCAUCGUG